GAAGCUCUUUAAUCACACAUCCACCACUUGACCCAGUGUCAAUCAUACAAAACUCACAAUUGACAACGUACUCGGUACGGUGACCUUGCGGUCAAAGAAACAUGAAAUCUUUCAUCAUGGAACCAUCUCCAGAUCGAGGUAAAGUUGGUUAAGAAUGCAUCCGGGUGUUCGGCUGUCUCGCCGUGUCCUGCUCCCUCAGUUGGUGGUCAACCCCCAUCCUUCUCGAGACCAGGCACAGCAGGCAGUCGAUCUGAGAAAUACCGGCGAACUUGAUCUGGAUAAUACCAGCGAAAGGACAUGCUUCUUUAGACUCCCCCUAUCCCCCAUGCCUUUGCCCGAUGGUGUUGGACUAACCCCCGCAGCGUCACGCCCGAUCUUCCAUCAUGUCGACUGAUAAGAUCACCUUUCUUGCCAACUGGCACGCCACCCCUUACCACGCACCAUUGUACCUGGCGCAGGCCAAGGGCUACUUCAAGGACGAGGGCAUCAAGGUUGCUCUCCUCGAGCCCAACGACCCCAGCGAUGUCACCGAAAUCAUCGGCACCGGCAAGGUCGACCUCGGUUUCAAGGCCAUGAUUCACACUCUCGCCGCCAAGGCUCGUGACUUCCCCGUCGUCUCCAUCGGCAGUCUCCUCGACGAGCCCUUCACCGGCGUCGUGUACCUCAAGGACUCGGGCAUCACCACCGACUUCCGCUCCCUCAAGGGCAAGCGCAUCGGCUACGUUGGCGAGUUCGGCAAGAUCCAGAUCGACGAGCUGACGUCGCACUACGGCAUGUCGCCCGAGGACUACACCGCCGUGCGGGGCGGCAUGAACGUCUCCAAGGCCAUCAUCCGCGGCGACAUUGACGCCGGCAUCGGCCUGGAGAACGUCCAGAUGGUCGAGCUCGAGGAGUGGCUCGCCGGCCAGGGCCGCCCCAAGUCGGACGUGCAGAUGCUGCGCAUCGACGAGCUCGCCGAGCUCGGCUGCUGCUGCUUCUGCUCCAUCCUCUACAUUGGCAACGAGACGUUCAUCGCCGAGAACCCGGAGCGCGUGCGCGCCUUCAUGCGCGCCGUCAAGCGCGCGACCGACUACGUCCUGGCCGCGCCCGAGGCCGCGUGGGCCGAGUACGUCGACUUCAAGCCCGUCAUGGGCUCGGACCUCAACCGCAAAAUCUUUGAGCGCAGCUAUGCCUACUUCUCCAAGGACCUGCAGAACGUGCGCCGUGACUGGGACAAGGUCACGCGCUACGGCAAGCGCCUCGGCGUGCUGAGCGAGAGCUUCGAGCCCAACUACACCAACGAGUUUCUCGGCUGGAAGCUCGAGGGCGAGUCGAGCGAUCCCACCGGCGACCAGAAGCGCAUGGUCGAGCUGCAGAAGGACGUGGCUUGCUGCGGCGGCUUCCGCCGGCUGCCCAUUGAGAUCGCUGCCGUCAAGGCCUAA